ACACUUGGUAGACAAUGUUUAGACCUUUCUCUUAAGUUUUUACUUUUUAUAACACGAUGUAUACCUCAAAUGAACUCUUCAAUUACAUUUUAAAUGUAGAAAUAUAUAAAUAUACGAAGGACCUUAAAAAUGAAAGAAUAUAAAACAUGCAAGAAUAUUUCAAUCAUUCUCUGACAAUACAGGAACUGUAUUCAUAUAAAAGAUACUUUGUUUAUCUUUUUCUGUGGUUGAAUCUAAAAAUAUGUGAAAAAUCGGUUAUUUUGAAAAAAAUAAAGAGUAAUGCUUAGGAAUUAAUUUUUACGGGAAAAGUUCGAAUUAUUUUCAGGAAGUACCACAGAAUAUCAAGAAUCAGGAUUUAGUUGUUGAAAAUGGCAGAAGGUGAGAACGAAAAAGAAUCUUCAAAGGUUGCAGAGGAAAGUUCACUAUGUGCUGGUGAGGGCAGAUCUUCAGAUCUGGACUCUCGAUUCGAAUGUCCAAUCUGCAUAAACUGGUUAAAGGAUCCAGUUUUGACUUCUUGUGGUCACAAAUUUUGCUCCGAAUGCAUCAACACCUGGUUAACUAAACAAGGUGCCGCUUGUCCGGUGGACAGUAAGCCACUUAACCCUGAAGAUCUUUUCCCGGAUCUUUUUACGAAACGAGAAAUCGCUCAGCAGAGAACGUACUGCUUGUACCAAGAAUAUGGCUGUACAGUCGAGUUGUCGCCAAUCGAAUUGGAAAGUCAUAUGAGUGAGUGUUCCUACCAGAAAAAUGCCUUCUUCACUCAGCCAAAUUGUCCUUUCAAGAGUAUUGGGUGUCGGGAAGUGUUCAAGACCGCCGAAACCCUCAAACGCCAUCUCGAGGAAAAUAUGGAUUCACACAUGAUGAUGAUUGCAACGUAUUUAUCACACCUAACUCUCAAAUCGAACAUCGAUGCAAAAGCCGUGGAAGCGACAUUUUGGGAUGCUCCUAAAAAAGAAGGCGAAGCCGAGACUUCAAGUGAACACGAAUCCCAGUCAUUAAUUCAUGAACUGUUCGAGAAAGUACUGAUCCUGGAACAACGAAAUCAAGAAUUGAGCCUGGCUCUCGAGAAUCUCGAGUCGAGCAUCCAGGAGCGAACCUGCAACGGGUCCUACAUCUGGAAACUGGAAUCCUUUGAGGAGAAGUUGAAAUCGAUGACAGCCAACCGACUCAACAUGAACUUCAGUCCCUCCUUCUACACGAGCGCCAAUGGCUACAAAGUCUGCGCGCGAGUCAACGUCUCCCACAAGAACUCCGACUUCCUCUCCCUCGUUCUCCACAUCUCCAAGUCGGAGAAUGACGACACCCUCGACUGGCCCUUCGAAGGCUGGAUUUCCUUUCUGCUCGUUCAUCCCGAAGACCCUGGGAAAAGCAUCUCGGAGUCGGCCCACUCGCUGCCGAAUCUCGAGGCUUUCCAGAGGCCAAUUAACCACAGUGUCAACAGGAAGAGUUACGGAUUCACCGAGUUCGUGUCGCUCCAGCAUUUGGAGAAUUUCGUCAAAAACGACUGUGUCGUUAUUCGAAUUGACGUCAGAGCGACCAGCAAACUUGAGAAGAAAAUAAAAGCUGAUUCUGCUGCUGCUGCUGCUGCUGCUGCUGGCGCAGUUUCACCUCUGACGGAGGAAAAUCUCAAGAUUCAUACGGAAGUUUAAAUUUUCCCGGGGUUGAAACAAAGCAGCGCUCCCAAUAUAGAAGAGUUUACCACUCUACAGAAUUUUUAAUUAUUAUUAUUAUUAUUAUUUUUUUUUAAACAAAUUAGAUAAAUUUUG